UAAAGUUUUUGUGUAAACUUUGAUUUGUGUAAAGUUUUUGUGUAAAGUUUGAUUUGUGUAAAGUUUUUGUGUAAAGUUACUUCCGCGUAAAGUUUUUGUGUAAAGUUUGAUUUGUGUAAAGUUUUUGUGUAAAGUUACUUCCGCGUAAAGUUUUUGUGUAAAGUUUGAUUUGUGUAAGAUUUUGUGUAGUUGGUUUUGUGUAGAGUUUUUGCGUAAAGUUUCAGUAUAAUGUAAAGAAGUUCUGUGUAAAAUUUGUUUAGAGUAAAGAUACUUCCGCGUAAAGGUUUUGUGUAAAGUUUGUUUUGUGUAAUGUAAAAAGGUUCAGUGUAAAAUUAGUUUUGUGUAAAGUUGGUUCUGCGUAAAGUUUUUGUGUAAAGUUUGAUUUGUGUAAGAUUUUGUGUAAAGUUUGAUUUGUGUAAGAUUUUGUGUAAAGUUGGUUUUGUAUAAAGUUUUUGUAUAAAGUAAAUAAGUUCAGUAAAAUUUGUUGUGUGUAAAGUUGGUUCCUCGUAAAGUUUUUGUGUAAAGUUUGUUGUGUGUAGUUUGUUGUGUGUAAAGCUCAGCUCUUAUUUGUAGGAAGGUUUUACGUAAACAACGGGACUAGUUUCACUGGAUGGAGUCGUUUGACUUGUGAAAGUUAAGUUAAAGUUUCUGAAAACGUCUGAACAGCUCUGGUUCUGGUUCAGGUUCAGGUUCUGGUUCUGGUUCUGGUUCUGGUCGGACAGAACUAAUCAUGUUGUGACAGAAGCUGCUGCUCGAUGCGGUUCUGUGAGUCUCUCUCCCAGCUGCAGGUGUGCUGCAGAUAAGAGCUGACCGGAGCUUAUAAAGCAGGACGUUCUGCAGAACUGCAACACAUCACUGCUGAGGAUGAGACUGCUGCUGCUGGUUCUGUUGGGCCUCGGGCUGAACCCAGCCUCUGCUGCAAAGCUGGGCGUGGUGCAGACAGAGGGGGGGCUGGUCGAAGGGCGGAGCUUCAGCACAGGCCUCUUCAGUUCUGUCGAAGUCUUUAAAGGCGUCCCCUUCGCUGAUGUUCCUGGAAAGUGGGAGAAACCAAAACCUCAUCCUGGAUGGAGUGGAAUCCUGAAGGCCACGAAGUACCGAGACCGGUGCCUGCAGGUGACGCUGCUGCAGACAAAAACCCGGGGCAGCGAGGACUGUCUCUACCUGAACAUCUUUGUUCCACAUGAACUAUCAGUGUCCACCAGCCUUCCAGUGAUGGUUUACCUGUUUGGAGGAGCCUUUCUUCUGGGGGCGUCCAAUGACUUGGCCAUUCUGGGAGAUUCUCUGUACGAUGGGAAGGAGAUGGCUGACAGGGGUGGGGUCAUUGUCGUCACGGUGAACUAUAGAGUCGGUACGCUGGGGUUCCUGAGCACCGGCGACUCCCGGCUCCCAGGUAACUACGGUCUGUGGGACCAGCACGCCGCCAUCUCCUGGGUUCGCAGGAACAUCAGGGGCUUUGGAGGAAACCCCGACAACCUCACCAUCUUCGGCCAAUCAGCUGGAGCCGCCAGCGUCAGCUUCCAGAUGCUGUCCCCCUACAGCAAAGGUUUGUUCCGCAGAGCCAUCACUCAGGGCGGAGUGGCCCUCAGUCCCUGGGCUCUGCAGAAGAACCCCAUGGCUCUCACCAAGAAGAUUGCUCGGAAGGUUGGCUGCUGGAGAACUGAUGAAGAUGAAAUGCUGACAUGUCUGAAGAUGAGCGACCCGGUUGGUUUGACCAUGGCGGGAAAAAUCGACAUAUUGCUCAUUCUGGGCAAAGGUGUCGUCAUGGACAUGCUGGAGCUCUCUCCAGUGGUUGACGGUGACUUCCUGCCUGAUGAGCCCAGUAACCUGUUUCACAACGCGGCUCAGUUCGAUUACCUUGCCGGGACGAACAGCAUGGAUGGACACAUAUUUGCGGGAGUCGAUGUUCCGUCCAUCAACAGCAAAAAGGCCAACACCACAGCAGAGCAGGUCAAAGGUCUUCUGACAGGUUUGACUAAAGAGAAAGGGGAUGCUGCCGUCCCCUCGGCCUUCAGCGUUUAUUCGGUUCACUGGGGUUUGGCUCCAGAUCCGGCUAUCGUGAAGAAGACAGUGGCCGACAUUGAGACAGACUUCCUGUUCCUGGUCCCGACCCAGAUUGCCCUCCAGCUCCACGCCAACAACUCGAGUGGUGCCGGUACUUACUCGUACCUGUUCAACAUGAAGACUCGAAUUCCUGGAUUCCCCCGCUGGGUGGAGGCGGAGCAUGCUGAGGACUUGCAGUACUUGUUUGGUAAACCGUUCUCCACCCCGCUCGUCUACUUCCCCCGACACCGAGAUCUGUCCCGCUACAUGAUCGCCUACUGGACCAACUUUGCCAAGACUGGUGAUCCCAACAGAGGCGGCAGUCGUGUCCCGGUUCCUUGGCCAGUUUUCACUAAAACCCACCAGCCGUACCUGAUCAUCAACGAUGAAAUGAGCAAAUCUUCAGUCAGCUACGACCUGAGGGCGUACUACGUGAGGUACUGGACUGAGACCUACAGCCACCUGCCGCCAGCGUGAGAGGAAGAGGAGGAGCAACUCGGACCACCUGUUGGUUCAACAUGGCGUCUGGAAGUUUCUGUUCAUGUCCAAUAAAUUAAGGUGAAAUCUUC